CCCUCCUCUCUCCUCUCUCUCUCUCCCUCUCUCUCUCUCCUCUCUCUCUGUCGAGGAUUCAUCACUGCAGACACACUGAGGGGGAGAGAACGACAACAGACAGAGGACUGGAUGAGACGAGAGAUUUAAACGUUGGAGCAUCAGGAGGAGAAAAGAAAAGUAACAUGGAACGUCAGGAGCCGACAACUGAAGUUGGUGGGUGGGGCUUAGCCUGCUGAGUCGCUGUGUGAUUGGUCGAUAGUGAUGAUCGCGACUGGCGGCCUCCUGCGAAUCAACGCCCGGCGUCAGGACUCACUGAGAAACAAAACACACAAACCACACACACACAAGAAGAGCAAGAAGAAGAGAAAGAGUGAGGUGGUGGUGGUGAAGGGGAAGUUGAAGCUGUGCUCGCUGUCGGGUCUUGUGGCGGCACUCGGUGUUCUAGUCCUGCUGGGGGGUGUGGUCAUGGCAACUCUGGGCUAUUGGCCCCGAGAUGGACUGUUGUUCAGAGCUCAGCCACAGGAGGGCGCUGCGAUGGCCUCAGUGUCGUCCAUCAGCUCCACACCUGCACCUACUCAGGGAGGAGAGAGGGGGGAGGAGCUCCAGAGAGAAGAGGGAAACGAUGGAGGGGGAGGAGCUGACGACACUUUGAACCAGACGGAAACCAUCAAUAGGACGAGCCAACACCUUCCAAGAAGCUUUGUGGACGAUUUUCUGGACAGGUAUCUGUACUCUGAUAGGCUGAAGGUCUUCGGUCCUCUCAUCAUGGGCAUUGGUAUUUUUCUCUUCAUCUGUGCGAACGCUGUCCUUCACGAGAACCGGGACAAGAAGACGAAGGUCAUCAACCUGCGCGACAUUUACUCGACCGUUAUCGACCUCCACAGCCUCCGCCGACCCCACCCCUCCUCCUCCGCCCGCCGCUCUUCAACCAAUCCCCUCAAUGGUCUCAUUAACUACGUCCAAUCAAAGAGCCUGGAGAGUAAACCCAGUUCUUAUCCUGCGUCCCUGAUGAGCAGGAGGGAGGGUGGUGGUGGAGGAGGAGGAGGGGGAGCGUUGUCAAGGCAACAGUUGCUUGGCAGCAGCGGAGGAGGCAGUGGGGGCGGUGAUAGGGGAGGAGGCUCUGUGUUCAGUAUCUACCAGAAUACCCCUCCCCUCGACUCCUCCUCCCACAUAUUACCCCUCCCCACCAGCUUCAGCCCGCUUCCCCCUCCCCUACAGAGGGGGGGGCUCAGCUUCUUCACCUUACCUUUACGCCGCCCGCCCCCCGCCACCCCCCGCCGGAGGCACUCAGCACGGGCCAGGACAGGGGGAGGUGAGGAUGAAUGUCUACCACGCCCACUAAGCUACUGCACCACCCCUUCACCCCGACCCCUCCAGGAGGCGCCGUUAGCAGCUUCCUGCAGUUCCUCCAGCCUCCACAGGGGAGCACCAGGAGGCUCCCAGGCCCUCUUCCUCUCCUUCUCCUCCCUCACCCCCUCCCACCUGUCUCUCUCCUCCCUGUCUCACCUCCUCUCCCCCUCCUCCCUCCCGAUGAAAGACCCUCCUUGCAGGAGGCAGAGCCUGCCGACCGGGAGCGUCACCAUUGGUUACAGGAAACUGACACAAGGAGAGGUUGCAUCCUUUGAGUCGACAGAGAUGACAUCAUUACACCCUGUGACCUCACAGAAGUCAGAGGAAAUGACAUCACAGAGGAAGUACUCAAACAGGGAGAAGCUGAGGAUGAUCACUCAGCUGAUGAGACAUGAUGACCAAUCAGGAGCUGACUCACUGACUGACAUUACAACUCUGCACUCGUGACUUUUAAUGAUGUCAUCGUGACAUCGCAAAGAUUCUGGAUCUAAAAUCAAAACAAACUGUUACCAAUGGUAACCAGUGUCUCUAUUUAAACACACGAUGAAGAAGAUGAUGAUUACAGGUUGUAAACGUCUCGCAGCAAUAAGGCGUCUUCCAGACAAAAGAAUGAUCGCAGGAAUAAUUCUUUACGAAUUCAUGUCCAUGUGGAGCCCUGGGGCCACCUAGAGGACGGGUGGAGCCAUGACAGGUUCUGCUCUUUGAGGGGCCCCAGGUUCGUCCAUCUCCACUGGUUAUUCAACAUUAGUUAUAAACAUAUUCAUUUAUUAGUUCUGUUAUAGAAAAAUAUCAGAAGAAGUUUUUGUUCUUCUCUGGCUCCCUCUGGUGGAGGCGCUCUAACACUACACUUCAGGACUGAAGGUGUGGUUGGCUCAGGGGCUCCCAGGGGCUCCCAGGGGCCCCCGAAAAGGUUAGUGAAGCCCUGCUGUCAUUUGCAGAAUUGUUUGAAUUUGAUUCAUUCUGGAACUUGUUUUCAUGGUGCAAGUGUGAUGUCAUGAAUAUGAGCUGAUCUGAUUGGACAGACUGUGCAGCAUCAUGAAGCGUUCGUUACGAUGCUGCGGGGAUUUAAACUCUGACAGAAAAAAAUGAAAACAGCAGGAAACUGUAACAUAAGAAGACCACAUUUAAAACCAAUAGCUCCACCUGCAGGUCAGCGAGUUGAAGUGUGCGCUGCUCCUUUAACCUUCAGCUGAUCAGAAGUGAACAUAAACUAGCAUGAAAACAUCCAAUAAUCAUGAUUCAUUUACAACCACACAAUGUUUGUGUUUCAGGGUUAAAAGCUGAAUGAGUUCAUCUUUUAUAAACUUGAAUAAACUGUGACUUUAAAUUAGUUCAUUAAAAGGUUUCAGGAUCUGAACGUGAACGGAUUCGUUGUUGUCAAAGUGAAAGUUGUAGCUUCACGACCUCUUCCACUUAAAAACAAACGGUUUCAUGUGAAAAGCACAAAACACAGACAAUUAUUUUAAAGUUUGAAGCUUCAGAAAAAAGCUGCUUCAUUUCAACUGAAACAUUUUCAUCAGUGAAUCUCAAUAAAACUCAUGAACCUGAUGAUGGUGUUUCGAGGUUUGUUCCAAUGUUUCCUGAUGUUACAGCUUCAAUCUGACUGUGACUCUGUGACUCUGACUCUAUGACUGUAUGACUCUUUGACUUUAUGACUCUAAAUCUGUGACUCUUUGACUCUGAUCUUGGACUCUAUGA